GUGUCUUUAUUUCACAUUUUCCACAAGGUUCGUGAAUGCAGAAUGAAGCUAUACUUGCUAAACGUCGUGCUGUUUUUUUGCUGUUGCCGAACUGGGGCAGUGACCAGGGAGUACUACAUUGGGAUUACAGAGACAGCAUGGGACUAUGCACCCGGCAGUACUGAUCUCAUAUCUGGACAGCGUUUUGCAGAAGAAGAUGCCUUUAAAAUGAAGUAGAACUGUACUAAAUGAAGACAGUGAAGAAGCAUAUCAGAAAUAAGAAGAGUCUUCUCACUGACUGUGAAGCCAACAUAACAUGAUACUUGUUGGUGUUAACUGGCUGUGGAAAACUAUACAGAACUUGAAACCUGCACAUACAAAAACGUCGAGCAGGAAGGCCGAUUGUUUGACUUGCAGCAUAAAAUUGUAUCAAAUACCCUUAUCUUCAGUCUAUAAAAUAAGUAGUUGGCAAGCUGAAGUCUUCCUUAAAAGAGGACCACAAAGGAUAGGAAGCACUUAUAAGAAGGCUGUCUACACUCAGUACACCAGUACUUUAUAUGACGUGAUAGUUGAGAAACCUUCCUGGUUAGGUUUUUUAGGCCCUAUCAUUAAGGGAGAAGUUGGCGAUUCUAUUGUUAUUCACUUGAAGAACUUUGCUUCCAGAAACUACACACUGCAUCCACAUGGUGUAAAAUAUACAAAGGAAAAUGAAGGUGCUUUUUAUCCAGACAAUACCAAAGGUUUUGAAAAAAGAGAUGAUGCUGUGAAGCCUGGAGGCCAGUACACUUAUACAUGGGAUGUGACAGAAGAUCAAGGUCCUGCUAAGGGAGAUGCAGACUGCAUAACCAGGGUUUACCAUUCUCACAUAGAUGCUCCAAGAGAUGUUGCCUCAGGGCUUGUUGGGCCUUUAAUAAUUUGCAAGAAAGGUGCAAUGAAUAAGGACAAUGAUAAAUACGUUGAUGCUGAGUUUAUCCUUAUGUUCUCUGUGAUGGAUGAAAAUCUCAGUUGGUAUCUAGAUGACAAUAUCAGAAUGUACUGUUCUGAGCCUUCCAAAGUUGACAAAGAUGAUGAGGACUUUCAGGAAAGCAAUAAAAUGCACUCAAUCAAUGGGUACAUGUAUGGAUACCUCCCAGAUCUCACAAUGUGUGUGGAAGAUAAGGUAAAAUGGCACCUUUUUGGCAUGGGUAAUGAAGCUGACAUCCAUUCAGCCUACUUUCAUGGUCAGACCUUAAUAGAAAGGCACCAUCGAGUUGACACCAUUAACCUCUUCCCAGCCACAUUUAUUGAUGCCCUCAUGAUACCAAGGAAUCCCGGGGAAUGGCUGCUGAGCUGCCAAGUGAAUGACCAUAUAGAAGGUGGUAUGCAGGCCCUUUUUAAAGUAGAAGGUUGUAGAAAAUCCACAAUAGAUCACAAUGAGACUACAAAGAUAAGACAAUACUUCAUUGCUGCUGAAGAGAUUAUCUGGAAUUAUGGCCCAUCUGCCCUGAACCAUUUUACAGGACAAGAAUUAAUUGCUGACAGUGAAUCUUAUGUAUUUUUUGAACGAAGUGAGACAAGAAUUGGUGGCUCUUAUAAAAAAGCCAUUUACAAGGAAUAUACAGAUGGUACUUUCACAGCACAUAAAAAAAGGCUUCCAGAGGAAGAACAUCUUGGUCUCUUAGGACCUGUUAUCAAGGCGGAAGUGGGCGAGAGCAUCAGGGUGACUUUCCGAAAUAAUGCCAGCCGCCCAUUUAGCAUCCAGCCCCAUGGUGUGAGUUACCACAAGAGCAACGAGGGAGCGUUGUAUAGAACUGCCUCCAGAGAUACUGAAUCUCCAGCCUCCCAUGUCAGUCCUGGUACUACGUUUACAUAUGAGUGGACUGUGCCAGAAGAUGUGGGCCCCACAGACCAAGACCCAGACUGCUUAACUUGGCUUUAUUACUCAGCUGUGAAUUCAGUCAGAGACACCAGUUCGGGCCUUGUGGGUCCUCUUAUGGUGUGCAGGAAAGGAGCUCUACUUCCUUCUGCAAAACAGAAAACUGUGACCAGGGAGUUUUUUCUACUUGCCACAGUAUUUGAUGAGAAUCUGAGCUGGUACUUGGAUGACAAUAUUUUGAUGUUUACAGCAAAACCUAAUGAAAUUGACAAAGAUAAUGAGGACUUCCAAGAGUCUAACAAAAUGCACUCUAUUAAUGGUUAUAUGUAUGGAAAUCAACCCGGUCUUGAGAUGUGUAAAGGCGAUGUGAUUUCCUGGCAUUUGAUGGGCUUAGGGUCAGAAGUCGAUGUUCAUGGGAUAUACUUUUCACAAAACACAUUUGUAACAAAAGGAGCAAGAAAGGAUACAGCAAAUCUAUUUCCACAUACGUUUGUUACAGCUAUUAUGAAGCCUGAUUCUGAAGGAAUUUUUGAAGUAUCAUGCCUGACAACAGAUCACUACAGAGGAGGCAUGAAACAGAAGUACAAAGUGAAACCAUGCCAUUGGAGGAAUGUGGAUCCAUCCCUGUAUUUGCAUGAGAAGACGCACUAUAUUGCUGCUGUGGAAGUUGAAUGGGACUAUUCCCCUAACAGGACAUGGGAAUUCGAGCGGCAUCAAUAUCACAAGGAAAGCCCUGGCAAUCCAUUUUUAAAUAAAGACGACAAAUUCAUUGGCUCAAAAUACAAAAAAGUAGUAUAUCGUGAGUACACAGAUCAGACAUUCAGUAUUCCAAAAAGCAGAGCAGAGGAAGAGCAGCACCUUCAAAUUCAAGGGCCACUGAUUAUGUCAAGUAUUGGAGAUAAAAUUAACAUAGUUUUUAAGAACCUGGCAUCAAGACCUUAUUCUAUACAUGCCCAUGGAGUGAAAACAGACAGUUCUGCUGUUGCUAUAACCAACCCAGGUGAAACUAAAAUGUAUGUCUGGAAAAUAUCAGCAAGAUCUGGUUCUGAGAGAGGCGAUCUGCACUGUACUGCAUGGGCAUACCAUUCAAUGGUGGACAUCAUUAAGGACACUUACAGUGGAUUAAUAGGCACACUUGUUGUGUGUCCUAGACAUUAUUUGCCAUCAUCUCAUACUAGAAAGAAAGUGCGUUUUGCUCUUCUUUUUAUGGUUUUUGAUGAAAAUGAGUCAUGGUAUUUGGAUGAAAACAUUGAAACCUAUUCCGCCAACCCGCACCUUGUUGACAAAGAAAAUGAGGAAUUCCUUGAAAGUAACAAAAUGCAUGCCAUUAAUGGAAAAGUAUUUGGAAAUUUACAUGGUCUGACUAUGCAUGUUGGAGAUGAAGUAAGCUGGUAUUUGAUGGCAAUGGGCAAUGAAAUAGAUAUUCACACAGCACACUUCCACGGCCACAGCUUUGACUAUAAGCAAACAGAAGUCUACCGGGCAGAUGUCUUUGAUUUGUUCCCUGGAACAUUUCAAACAGUGGAAAUGAUCCCACAGAACCCUGGAGUGUGGUUAUUGCACUGUCACGUUACUGACCACAUCCAUGCAGGCAUGGAAGCAACCUACACAGUGCUCCCAAAGGAAGGUAAGAGCUUAUCUACCCUAAUAAUGUUCAUUAUUCUCAAAGGUGCAGUACAGAGCUCAAGGACAUGCCAGCGUACUCAGCUCUACUUCAGGCAUCCAACAGUAUUUCAUGACUUAAUAUUUCUUGUAGUAAUGUGGAAGCGAGAAUAUUGCAAGUUCAGAUCAUUACUGCUUGGGGGAAAAAAAAAAAAAGAAUCUGAAGGCAUGAAUGUUAACUAUUUCUUCAGCUCCCUGUCAAUGAAAUUAAAAUGGCAGCUUUUUAUUUAAGAAAGAACUUGUCAUGAGACAUAAUACUUCUGUGCCCAAGAACUGCUAAUGGAAUCAGACUCCCUCUCACUUUUUAUUUAGAACAAAAUGAACCAUUUAGUGAAUAAAGCUGAAGUCACUAUUCAAAGUACUGAAAAGCUACAGUAGCAGUUUCUUUUUAAAAGGCAUAUUUUAGCCUUACAAACACUGUUAUUUAACUAUUAGUAUUACUUUAGCAAUCUUGCCUGUGAGAAAAACCUGAAUCUUAAAGAAUUCUGACAUUUCUUUCUUCUACAAAGCUAAUACAACUUUAAAAGCAGCUCUCAUGUACUAAAAAGACAAAGCAUAAUAGGUAUGUAUUAUGUUAAUUGACAGAAAGAGCAGUAUUCCAAAAUGUGUAUGUCUAUGUAUGUAUAUAUAUAGACACACAACUGAAUGAUGUACACGCGUAUACUAACAAAUGCAGAUUAGAUUGUUAAACACUAUCUUGUUAUAGAGCUGAUUUACACUGUGAUACACUGUGACAAAUUUCUGCAUAUAAUACAUUAAUGGAGUACACAUAGGAAAAGAGACUUAUGCUGCAUUCUCAGGUACGUGGGAUUUUUCAUAAUCAGCUCUUAUAGUCCAGUGCAUUUUAUACCCUUCAGUGUAUUUUAACUGUUUUUGAAUCAAAUUCAUAAUGCAUAAAAGGUACUGACAUCCAUUGCCUCUUCUUGGACUACACUGUCUAUAUGCAUAUACUCUUCCUUUGACAGGAUUGGAAAAAAAAAAAAUUUUUUUCCCUUUACAGACAAAUGCUCUUUGUUCCCAAGAUUAUUCAGUCAAUCCAAGUGCAAAGGCACACCAAAUAUGAGAGACUGAAGAAAACCACUUACUACAGUGAUUCUCCAGUGAAGAAUUGCUUGAGAAACACUAUCUCCUGGACAAUAUUAUCUCCUCUCCAUGUGUUUAUGAAGAUUUCAUUUGAUGGGCCACAGCUACAAGAGACCACAGACUGAGGCAGCUGGAUGAGUAUAAUAGCUUGUAGUUUUUCUUAAAUAAAAAUCCUAACUUGCAAGGUAGCCAUGUUUUAGGUGAUGGUUAAUGCAUGUUAUUUAACUGCUGAAAAAGCCAAAUGAAAUGUACUUAAAUGUACUUUCAAGAUUUGUGAGGAUUUAUUUUGUUUUCAGUUUAACUAAUUCUGUGUUUAAAAAAAAUUUAGACUAACAUCUUAGUAACCAUUGCAGGGACAAUUGGAAUUUGGUUAUCAUAUUAACUAUAGAUUCUUGAAUUAUAGUUUUAGCCAGUACUGUAUUUCAAGAAAGUGAAUUUAAAAGAUGUAAUGGCUAACUUAUUUAAUAAGACAUUUGUGUUUUUAUGUUGUGAAAAUUAAUUAUGAGACAAAAGUAUGUGAACAUAAACCUGGCCCUGUGAAGGUAAAAUACAGUGAAUGUACCUAAGAGCUUUACUCCAGUGAAUCCUAUAUACCUACUGUAGGGGACUCAUUUUGCUGCAGGAGCAGCCAUCCUUGCAGCAGCCAGCUCUUGCUUUGGCUCAUUUGAUCCCUCACCUCAAACAACUGCAAUAAUGGAUCAGACAGUCAGGCAAAGCAAAACAUCCAGGCUUCACAGCCACCAGAAUAAAGGAAGUUUGUUCUCUGUG